AUGACUACAUACACGAAAUACAUCCACCCCUUCCGCUACCUUCUCACUUCGCUACACUUCGACCUUUACCUCGAACCAUUCCCCGCAGCAUCUCCCGGUCUUCGCAAUUUCUGCUCCUCUGCCCAUGGUGAUCUCUACUCCAUCAGGCAUUCAAUCUCCAGGAGCAGCGAUGACACUGCCGUGGCUACGACUCUGACCUUGCUGGAUAUGGUUGUGCGCCAAGAUGUCGAUGCAAAGAUCCAAAUGUACCAAGAUCUCCGCACUAAGAAGGCGUUGAAUUUCUAUGAGGUUCCUCCUGAGGAGUGCAGUAAGGCGGUUAGAAGUUGCUUGUUCGAGAGUUUUAAUACUCCGGUCUCGUCGAAGAUGUUCGUUCUACUGGGUUUACUAGUCACGCCAAAGGAGGAACGCGUGGCUUGGAUUGAAGAUGUAGGGGCAUGGCUGGCGAUGUCUAACACGUAUGAGGAGAGGGGGAAGGUGCUUUAUGAGGAGUGGAAGAGGCAAUCAUAA